UACAAAGUCUCUCUUUCGUUCUCAUGAACAAAAUCCUGAUCAACCCACGGCGCAAUCAAGGCGGACUGCGUUUUCCCGGUUCUUCUCUAUCUACUCUCUUCAUAAAGCAACGAAUAUAAGAAUUUCUUCAUACUAUUUCACGUCCGAUUAUUCGAUUCAGCGAUUCACACACUUGUUCUAGAAAUUUUUGCAUAUCGGUACUGUUCAUCGCCAUUGUCGAACCUUGGCGGCGCUAGCCAUAGUUAGGGUUUGGCCAUUUACAGACUUUUCUUUUUUGGUCAUUUAAUCGAGUGCAUAACUCCGACAAUUCAGGGGUAACCGGUUGUAUCAUCUUUUCUCUGGGUGGGUCUAGAAUGUUUCUUUUGAUGGUCUCUAAUUAUAGCCUUUGUUGCUGUUUUUUCUUUUCUUCUAUGAUGGGUCUGUAGUCUUUCCCACAAAGUUCUAUUCUUUGCCUCUUUAUUAUAGAAGAAGGAGGAUUUGAUGAGGUGAGGGCCUUCUGUCAUUGUUCUUCUUGAAUGUGGAAGCCCUUAUUGUAAGGGAAACUGAAAAUUGUGUAGUGUCUUUGGCAAAGUGACAAUUGAACACUAGUGAUCUGUCUGGGAUUUUAUUGAACAAUUUUGGUGGGGGGCAUUUCUUAUGCUUUGGAUUGCUGGCUGGUGCUCAAUUAAUCUAGUUUUGGGUUACAAAAGUAGCAAUUGAUUGUAAUACUAAUGAUAGUGGAUCAUCAUUCCGUAAAAUAUCUGAAUUAUUGAGUUGUGUCUCAAGAGAGUCUUGUUUGUUGUAUAUAAGAUUUCACUUUUAGUAUAUAAUGUUUAGUAGUAACUAUGGAAAGAAGUGAACCGACGUUGUUGAUUCCACAAUGGUUGAAAGGCAGUGGAAAUGUAACUAGUGGGGGCAUCACUAGUCAUCAAACACCAUUAUCCUCGUGGCUCUAUGAUGAUCAUUCUUCAUCAAAACAUACGAGAAAUAGGUCUACAAAUGUAAAUUCUCAUGAUAUAGGGCGAUCUAUUGCUGAUAGAACUGCGUCAACCUACUUUCGUCAAAGUUCCAGCAGUAAUGGAUUGGGUCGGACUCAAAGUAGUUUUGGAAGAGGCAGAGGUGAUAAUAGGCGAUGUGACUAUUCUGAUACUUUUGAAAACAUACUACAGAACAGGGUUGACAAGGAUUUGAGGCGUGCACAGUCUUUAAUAACUGGGAAAUUUAACAAUAAUAAAAGUAACCAAAAUAAUAGCAAUGGCCUGAGUGCUGGGAGCAGUCUGAUUAGCACAAUCCACAAGACUGCGUUUGAAAGAGACUUCCCAUCACUAGGUGCUGAUGAAAAGAAAACAACUUUGAAGGUACCAAGAGUUUCAUCACCUGUGGGCCAUUCAAUCAUAAUAGGCGGAGAUGGUUGGACAUCAGCUCUAGCAGAGGCUCCUACUAUAUUUGGAAGUGUAGGACCUGGUGCAGCUGUUCAACAACCUAUUACAUCAACUACUGCUUCAAUGGCGGCUACUGUGGCUCAGAGACCUUCUUGUGCCAAUAACAUCUCACAAGUAUUUUCAAGCUGUCCACUUUUUCAUUCUGGAAUAUGUUGUAAUAUCAAUGGCUCAUCUCACUUCUGAUUUUGUUGCAGUUAUCUGUUGAAAACCAGAGAGUAGAAGAGUUGGCUCUUAAGCAAUCCAGACAGUUAAUUCCUAUUCAAACUUUGUCAAAGUCGUCGGUAAGAUAUGUUUUAGAUGCUGUCAUUUUUAUGUGCCUAACACAUAGAAGCUAUUUUUAAGAUGCUUUCAUAACACCCACCC